GUGGUGUGUGGCGGGUGUGUGGUAGUGUGGUAGUAGUGGUGGUGGCAGCAUGAGGGACUACGUCAGCCUGAGGGCUCAGGCUCUUCUAGCCAAGAAACCUGUUAAGAGGGGCGAUGUCCUUCUUACCUCCAAGCCCUUCUGCACCCUCCUGGCCUCCUCCGUGGUGGGCCGCUACUGCGAGUACUGCCUCUCCUCCGUCAGGAAGGACCGGUUGUUGAGGCGGUGUGGGGGGUGUGGACGAGCGUGGUACUGCAGCGACCUGUGUCAAGAGCUGUCUCAGCCAUUCCACCAGCGGGAGUGUGCCCUCUUCCACCACCUCCCGGACUACAAGCCUACGGACUUCGCCAGGUUCCUCGCUCGGCUCAUCUGGAAACUCAAGGAUGGAGGGGAUGAUGUUGCUGAGAAAAUUGACGAUAAGAAAAGUCGACGGUUUAAGGAUCUGGUAGGCCGUAAGUACAGACUAUGAUGCUGACUAACUGUAGAUCCCCUCCUCUGUCUGUUUUUGUCUCUGUCUAUUUUGUCCCUGUGUCUGUCUCACUGUCUGUAUUCGUCUAUA